AUAAAAUAGAAAAAAAAUUUGAAAGAAAUAGAGAAGGUGCUGCGAAACAAAACCCGCCCCCUUCUUCGCCGUGUAAUUGUAAGGCGAAAAGCCACCCGAAUCGGUUGGCUUUGGUGCCAAGAGCUAAACCUCAGCAUACACAAUCUGCUUCUUUAUAUGCCGUCUCUCUGCAAUUCCCAUGGAACCCAAAACACAACCCUCAGCAAAUAAUCCUCCACCAAAACCCUGGGAACAAGCAGGUUCCUCUUCUGGCCCGGCGCCUUUUAAACCCCCGUCAGCUGGCAACACGAGUGAUGUAGUUGAGGCUUCAGGGACCGCGAAACCUGGGGAAAUUGUUUCUGCUUCUGAUAGGACUGCAGCUGUUAACAGGAAUUCUCUCGGGAGGCCCGUGCCCACAAGGCCGUGGGAGCAGAAUUACGGAAAUAACGCAUAUGGAGGAUAUGGUUCUACCAUGAAUUAUAAUUCUGGAUAUGGAUCUGGAAUGUAUGGGUCUUCUUAUGGUGGAAUAGGAGGAGGAAUGUAUGGAUCUUCUUAUGGUGGGGGACUUUACGGUAACAGUACGUACAGGGGAGGAUAUGGUGGUGGCAUGUAUGGGUCGUCCGGGAUGUAUGGAGGGGGAAUGUAUAACAGUGGCUUUGGAGGUCCAAUGGGUGGUUAUGGCAUGGGUGGUGGGCCUUAUGGAGAUCAAGACCCCAACAAUCCCUUUGGUGGCCCUCCAUCCCCACCUGGAUUUUGGAUUUCUGUCCUACGUGUGAUGCAAGGUGUGGUUAAUUUUUUUGGUCGAAUAUCAAUACUCAUUGACCAAAACACACAGGCUUUCCAUCUGUUCAUGACUGCACUUCUCCAGCUGUUUGAUCGCUCUGGUUUAUUGUAUGGAGAGCUAGCUAGAUUUGUGUUUCGCUUGCUUGGGAUUAGAAGUAAGUCAAAGAAGGUUCACCCGCCAGGUCCAAAUGGACAGCUGCUGCCUGGACCAUAUAAUUCUUCUGGAGAUGUAAAUUACAUUGAGGCACCAAAGGCUGCUCCAAGUGGUUCAUGGGACAAUGUUUGGGGAAAUGACUCCCCUCAAUGAUAUGGUGAAUUUAUUCUGCUAAAAGAGAUCGUCCAAAUACAUUGAAAAGAAGAGACAAAAGCAUUCCACAAGAAGAUACUGAAGCUACAAAGUCGUGUAUAUCCCAGAUUUUAAGCUCAGUUUCGUGUUCUCUUUGCUUGCGUUGGCCUUGAUUUUACUGGAAGGGAAUCUUAAAUAAGAUACCACCCCUGCAUUAUACCUUGUAUGUGUUUUCUUUGAAUCCACAGGAUGCUUAUAUGUGCUCCCUUAUAUGUAUUAUUUUGUAUCACAACGUAAUAUUUUACAACCUUAUUGAGAUUUUCUGGGGCCAUUUAAGUACGCUCCUUUUCGUGUA